AUGGAGCAGGAGGCUGAGGAGCUGAGCCAGUGGCAGACUGCGCACCAGCCGGUCCCGGAUAACGAGAAAGCAACGUCCAUCUUGGAUAUGUCUCUGCCUUCCAGAAGUAGUGGAGCACACACCUCUUGGAACCAUGGCCCACCAGACACUCAACACUUUCCUCAGGGCACAGAGAUGUUGAGGACCUUUAUGGUGUCUGCUGAGGCACCUGGGCAGAAUAUGGGUGAAGUGGGGCCACAGUUCAGCAUGACGCUACCUGAGCAUUGUGUGAACUGUUGCCCCCAAGCCACUUCCAUUCCUUCCCAGAAGACUUACUCUCAGGGACUGUCUCUCUCCCAGCCAGGGACAAUGAUGUGCAAGGAGCCCCAGAUGGUGCUGCCCUUAGGAGAGCCCAGUAUUCCAGGAAUGGCCAGGACCUUCAGUGAGAAUCUAAGGAUACCCCCCAAUAGGCUGCCAGUCUCAGCUUCAAGUGGCAUCUCAGUGUCCCAUACCAGUGCCCCAACAAUGCCUUAUUCUGAUCCUCAAUUAGUACCUUCUAUCAGAGCCUCUUUAACUCCUAAAAUGUUAUGGGCCCCAAACAUGCUCUCCACUGAGACCCAAGCUGUGCUCCCCUCCAUCGUUCAUAGGUUGCCACCUAGAGGUCCCUAUGACCUUGGCAUGCCCUCAGACAAGUCCCAGUCUUUGCCGACUUUAGAAUCCCGUGACUCUCUUGUGAACCAGUCAGAUGGCCAGGAAGACAGCUUCCUACUUGAGCAGCCAACCCAGGCUCCAAGGAGAGCAGAGAACUCUAGUGUCCAGCAAGGGGCACCCAGGAGGGAGUCCCCACUUUCAAGGCCUUAUUGCUGUCAGCAUAAGAACUGUGGAAAAGCUUAUACCAAGCGCUCUCACCUCGUGAGUCACCAGCGCAAACACACAGGUGAGAAGCCCUAUCGAUGCACCUGGGAAGGCUGCACGUGGUCUUUUUUUCGUUCUGAUGAGCUUGGACGACAUAUGCGGAUACACACCAGGUAUCGACCAUAUGGAUGUGAUCAGUGUGGCCGACAGUUCAUGAGGUCUGACCAUCUCAGGCAACACCAAAGGAUUCAUCAGCGGCUGCCAGAAUCUCCAGACCCACAGGCCAGCAGUGGACAGACAGAUGGUCCUCUUGAUCCUGGUCUUUAG